AUGGCCGGUCUGCCGCAGAAGACUCUGGCCUGGCUAUACGACGUUUUAAAGCGAGAGUAUCACGACCCGAAUCGAACCUACUCGGACCUUGCCCAUGUCCUGGCCCGUUAUCCGGGCUUUGCUCCGAGGACAGAUGUCUACACGUUCGAGACUGGAGCGCCGGCGCUCCUGGUCGUAUUCACAGGCACCAUCCCGGUGAACUUUCGAGGCAACACCUACCGAUUUCCUGUCACACUAUGGGUUCCGCACGCCUAUCCAUACGAACCACCCAUGUGCUAUGUCACGCCGACCGAUGAUAUGAUAAUUCGACCGGGCCAACAUGUCGGUGGAGACGGAAGAAUAUAUCAUCCUUAUCUGGCGCACUGGAGGGAACACUGGGAGAGAUCGAAUGUCUUGGACUUACUCUCCAUUCUGUCCGACAUAUUUGCGAAGGAGCCUCCGGUGAUGUCGAGGACAGCACAACUGCAACAGAGAGCAGUUCAACCUUCACCUCCACCUGUUCCGCCUUUACCCAGAGAGAUGCAGCCUACGCAGCAAGUCUUCCACGCGGCGAGUCCUCCUCCAGCAGGACAACAACUCGGGCCUCCUGCUCCACCACCUCCUCCGCCAAAACAACCUCCGCAGAGUGGCCUUUCAUCUCCACCGCAACGAAGUUCAGGGCUUGAUGCCGCUCCAUCAAGGCUGGGACGAUACGAUGCUCCACCGCCUUUACCCGGUCAAGGCCAACCUCAAAAGCUCCAGCCUGCGCAUGGCAACGGCGAAGUGCAGGGGCCACCGAGCGGGAUGAGUUACAUGCCCCAGCGAUCGAGCAGUCUGAGGCACUCCAUGCCGCCUCCGCUUCCAUCGCAGCAGCCACAACCAGGAUAUGAAUCACACCAAUAUAGAACUCAGCGACCUCGACCGGGCCAAUCGCACCAAUAUGCCCAAACCCAGCCUAGCCAGCAGCCACCUUAUGUGAGCCCACCGCCCACUCCAGGCCAGGUUCAAGGUUACAAUCAAGAUCAAUACCGCCAGAUACCAGCACAAGAACGUCCUGAACGACCUAUAUCGCAGCACUAUCCGUCAACCCAACAAACUUAUCAGCCACCUCACUCUGUGUAUCAUCAGCAACAUGCUCAGGCACAAUUCCAGGCACCCAAGCCAGCCCCUCCCCCUCAACCCAAUCUUCUCGACUCCCCUUUCGACCUUCCCUUGCCACCACCAACCUCUUCCACCUCGAAUCUGUCAUCAAACAUCCCCGCACCACCCAUUCCUGUGAACCCCGAGAAGGAAGCUCUUUUGUCACACCUCUCUCACCUCCUCACCACCUCUCUCCAUCAACAGAUCUCCCAGAAUUCCUCAGCUUUACAACCUCUCUCCUCGCAACACGCCGCAUUACAGCAAACCAUGCAAACACUGAACAGUGAAUUGGCAAACCUCAAGACCUUACACACAACGUUGUCUUCAAACAUCUCCCUCCUCCAGAGCUCGUUGAAGAGCGCGGACGGCACAAUAUCCUCCUCGCACAGCCGCGCUUCCAGAAACGAUAUACCCGCCGUGGAUGAAAUGCUCACCGCUCCUACAGUUGUGGCCCGCCAAUUGUACGACGCAGCAUGUGAAGAGCGAGGUAUCGAAGCCGCGAUAUUAGCCCUGCAAGAAGGGUUCGUCCGAGGGAGGGUCGGUAGUGAGAUUUGGGCAAGAAGAACAAGGGAGCUGGCCAGAGAAGGCUUCAAAAGGAGGUGGAUGGUCAAGAAGAUCGGCCAUGGAAUGGGCUUGGACUUGGACGCGGGAUCUUAUGGCCGGUAG